CUUCACUAGUUAGCUGUGGGACCUCGACAGACAGCUGAGAGAGAGUCGUAUAGCCAACGGGACUACCGCGAACUCAGAAAACAGAUCUCCAGGGUCAACUGAUGAGUAGCAGGUAGCCGUUGAAAGGUUGGGCUACACCUUCUGGCAAAGCGGGUCAGUGGUCCCAGUGAAGACGCUUGAGACCCCCUCCCCCCCACCCGGUAGCGGUUAGCAUUUAGCGUGCUCGUGGCUACAGGACAGCAGAAGACAAGGAGAAGGAGGAGAGAAGAAGAGAGAGGGGAGGACAAGAGAGGCAGGAAGGAAAGGUCAGGAGUGAAGAUCGGCGAUGGUGCUGGCCAUGGAAGACACCCGGCCGAACGGGCUGGGGGCUGAGGAGGACCACCCCUCCGAGACCACCGCCGCCCUCACCCCCACCCCCACCACCACCACCCCCACCGCCGCCGCGGGGACGGGACAGCCCACCAGGGAGGGCUGCCCCGCGGACCACCAGCGCCCAGGAGCCCCUGACCCAGAGCCGGCCCCAGCCAUGCAGCAGGCGUUGGACCACCCGGGCGAGGUUCCCCCCGCCUCCCAGGGGGCCAAGGACAUCGACCUGCUCUUCCUGCGCGGUAUCAUGGAGAGCCCCACUGUACGCUCCCCCCCUCAGCAGGCACAGGAGCAGGUGGAGGAGGUGAAGCUUGAGGCGGUGCAGGACAACAACGUGGAGCUGGUGACGGAGAUCCUGGGAGACAUCAGCAGCCUGCAGGUCCGCGACGACAGUGCCACCGAGCUGUCCAAGAUCCUCCAGGAGCCACACUUCCAGUCUCUUCUGGAAGCCCAUGACAUCGUGGCCUCUAAGUGCUACGAGGUCCCGCCCCCGACGGAAAUGGCCAAUGACGCGGCGGUAAACAACGCUCUGAUGCAAGCCGACGCCGUGCGCAUGAUCGGCAUCCGCAAGAAGGCCGGAGAGCCACUGGGCGUGACCUUCCGGGUGGACAAGGAGGACCUGGUGAUCGCCCGCAUCCUCCACGGGGGGAUGAUCGACCGGCAGGGGCUGCUGCACGUGGGCGACAUCAUCAAGGAGGUGAACGGCCAGGACGUGGGCAACCACCCCACAGAGCUGCAGGACCUGCUGAAGGACUGCAGCGGGGGCAUCACCCUCAAGAUCCUGCCCAGCUACCGGGACGCCCCCGCUCCCCCACAGGUUUACGUGCGACCGCACUUCGACUACGACCCCGCCCACGACAACCUGAUCCCCUGCCGGGAGGCGGGCAUGUGCUUCAAGAGGGGGGCCAUCCUGCAGAUCGUCAACAGAGAGGACCCCAACUGGUGGCAGGCGUGCCAGGUGGAAGGCGGCGCCACCGGGCUGAUCCCCAGCCAGUUCCUGGAGGAGAAGAGGAAGGCCUUCGUACCCAGGGACUUUGAGGGAUCAGGUAUCCUGUGUGGAACGAUUUCUGGGAAAAAAAAGAAAAAGAUGAUGUACCUCACAGCUAAGAACGCAGAGUUUGACAGGCACGAGCUGCAGAUCUACGAGGAGGUGGCCAAAAUGCCGCCCUUCCAGAGGAAGACUCUGGUUCUGAUUGGAGCUCAGGGGGUGGGCCGGCGGAGCCUGAAGAACCGAUUGGUUGUCCUGACGCCAGAGCGCUUCGGCUGCACCAUACCCUUCACGUCGAGGCGUCCCCGUGACGACGAGCUGGACGGCAACUCGUACCACUUCACCACGCGGCAGGAGAUGGAGACGGACGUGAAGGCGGGCCGCUUCCUGGAGCACGGCGAGUACGACGGCAACCUGUACGGCACCAAGAUCGACUCCAUCCACCAGGUGGUGGACACCGGCCGCACCUGCAUCCUGGACGUCAACCCCCAGGCGCUGAAGGUGCUGAAGACGGCAGAGUUCAUGCCCUACGUGGUGUUCAUCGCCGCCCCAGAGUUCGACACCCUGAAGGCCAUGCACAAGGCCGUGGUGGACGCCGGCAUCACCACCAAGCAACUCACGGACGUGGACCUGAGGAAGACGGUGGACGAGUCGGCCCGGAUCCAGCGGGCCUACAACCACUACUUUGACCUGACCAUCGUCAACGACAACCUGGACAAGGCCUUCGAGACGCUGCAGGGGGCUGUGGACAAACUGUGCUCCGAGGCCCAGUGGGUCCCCGUCAACUGGGUCUACUGAGGCCCCGGCCCGGGCCCCUGGGAUCCUACCGUCCUGGUCCCCGUACAGAACCCCCCCCCCCGCCGCCCAAGCACUAUGGGACUGUGUGUGCGUGAGCGAGGAUGCACGUGUGCCCACAAAGAUCGGGUGGGGGGGUGGGACAGGGGUGAGACAGGUGUUGGUAGGGGUGGAGGUGGUGGUGGGAUCUUCGGUCAGUGGAUCGGAUAUUUAUGCAAUCAAUCCUAGUCCUGUGUAGCCUAGCCCCUCUAGCCCCUCCGCCGCGCCCGCCCACAGCGGUAUUUUCUACGCAAAAAAAAACGAAAGAAAAAAAUCAAAGGGAAAAGAGUGAUUAUUUAUUUUAGUGUUUGUAACUUUAUAGGAAAGAUCGUUCUACUUCAACCGCUGUAGAAUGAUAAACAAAACUAAAAAAAACUAAAAAAAAACUAAAACUGGCAAAAUACUUUGGCUACGGUUUUUAUAAUUUAUUGAUGUGUUGGGAUUUGUACUGCCCUUGUGCUCAGAUGUGGAGGCUAGAUUUCCAGACCCACCCAGAAAGAGGGGUCCACGUCCUAUCAGCUCCAGAACGAACACAAGCCCCAGCUAAGCAGACUGUCAUCCCAACUAUCAAUCAAUGCAACAUCAUUGCCCUGUUGUCGAAGCAGUAUGCGUAGCGUCAACGUUUUUCAUAGCUGCCCUUUACACCUAUAGCACUGAUUAACGGCCAUAGCACUGUAUCUAACUGGACUUUGAAUUACACAAUAUGGUUUAUAAUGUGCUACUUAAUGAUCAAACACUGUGUUUGUCUUAAACGUUUUGUUACCCUUGUCUUUGUUUUAGCUGAUCAUGAAUUCAUCUCCAGAUCUUAAUCGCCGUUAUAAUGGUUUACCUUUUGUUUUUGUUCGUAUCAAACGUGCCCAUCUCUGUGUCUUCUCCCUACGGUCCUCUACAGAGGCCGGUCCAUUAGACUACGAGUCUAGGCUCAGUGAAAGUCAUCUCCCCUCCUCAGUUGCUCACUUGAAAAACUGGAAUGUUCCCUUUGGUCCGACGUGCGGGAAAUCACUCACCUGUAAAAUCAUUUUUAGAUACAACACAUUUGAGAAGAAUAUUGUUGACCUUCUGCUAACAAAAUUGUUUUAUUCAGUGUCAAUAUUACUUAAGUUAAGAGUACUACAGCUAAUGGGUACAGCCGUUUGGUCCAAGCAGAAAGCUGUCAAAUGAUCAAUAAAUAAGGCUUAAACCUUUGUGCUAAGAUACAUGUUAUUGCAAACUUUUAAUUUCCAUUAUGGUUCUUUUUUUACAGUUUUCAAAUAAACCCAUGUCAGGACAUUGAGUGGUUGCCUUUGUUAGUUUUGAAAAAAUCUUGUGAAGGAUCAAGAUUCACCUUGGAAAUGAAGGAACAUUGUACGAUAGUACUAGCAGCUACAUGUAAGCACUUGUCCGGGCACAAAUACCCACCAUGUCUUUUCAAACUCAUCUCUUGUGUUGGAAACCCAAACUUUGCUUUGUUGUAGUCCAUUUUCAUGAGGCGGCUCGUAGUUAAUUCAGAUUCCCUGUGCAUUUCAUCAUACCUUUUAUAUUAAAUAUCCAAAGCCAGGGAAUUACCAAUGAUGUUAACACUUAAAACGAUAGUACUUAGACGCACCACACACCUUGAUAAUACUGGUGAAUAUAUUCCAUUCCUCUUACCUGGAGGGGAAAUAAAGCAGGACACCGUGGACCAAUGGAGAAACUUUUCAACAUUUUUAUUAACGCAACUUACAGUCAAGCCAAAACUAAGUAUAUUUAGUGAUAAGUAUUCACAUUAUGUCCUAACAGGGUUUAGAGCAUAGAUUGCGUUUGUAGUCAUAGGUGUUAACAAACCAAACAAUAAAAAAGGAAAUGCAAUAUAGAAAUCAAAGCUUACAUGUGUGCUAUGACGGGAACAAGAAGAAGAAGCUAAGCCGUGGGUCAGAACAGACUGGAGGACCCUCACCGUGACAGGAAUGACUGCAUGUUUUGGCAUGUUGUGGUUAAAUAAGGAGGAGACUCAAUGACAUGAAUGGCGGGAGGUUUGAGUUCACACAACCACUGAGCAGGAGACUUGUGUGUUGCUUUUGUUUUGUGCCAAGACUUUGGUCACAUUGCUUAUCAUUUCUUACAAUGGCAGUAUUUAGAGGAACAAUUCGACAUGAAGGGAGGGGCCGGAGUGUCCUGGAGUCUGGGAUGUGUGACUGAGAGGGGAUCACUAUGAUUGAAAAGAAAAUGAAAGAAAAUUGCUGAUGAUUGUCAGUUUUUGGGAUGAUCGAUUAAAAGAUUUGAGAAAAUAAAAUGAGGCUGAAUAAAAGAGGAAGGAUCUCAUCCCAAGAUGCAACGUUGAACCCUGGGCAAUUAUUCUUUAGACAUAAUUAAAAGAAAACCAAGUACUACAGUACGGAGGUGUAACUGAAAUACAUACUUUGUGUCCCUAAGGCCAAAUGCCCUUGACGAUAACAGGACAACACAAGUGUCUCAGGUGGGUAGCAGCGGCCGUUUUAAGACCACCCGAGCAGGGGGAUAGGAAGAGCAGAUAAAGCCUUUUCUGCGGCAAUACCCGAGAUAACAGUCCAGUCUAACCCCUGCCUGGCCACAGAAAGCCUUAAGGUAGAGCCUGGACUUGGGAUCAGCAUAUGCUCAACUC